AUGUAUGCUCCAGAAGCAAGAUCAGCGUCCCCGCUACUCGUCAGUAUGAACUCAAAAGGAAGUCUAGUUAUUGCAGGAAGCUCUUUAUCGUGCGAAAAGACUAAAUUCAAUAAAGGCUUGGAUAUAAAUACCCUUCGGGCCCUCCCGUACUUUAGUGGAGGAGAAAUAAUUCAAGGUAUUCGAGGUCGGGCGAUGGAGAAUCUCAAGGAAAGUCAGCGCUCCGCUCCCGCUAUAUCGAAAGGGACGGAUUCGCAGCUCGUUAGCAAGUUCGCCCAGCGUAUCAGCUACAUUCUUACUGCCAUCUUCCCGUUUGAAAUGAUUCGGAAUACCAGUCAAGGGGGGUCCCAUAGCAAGGAUUUAGAAGUUCAGCCGAUGGGUCGUGGAAGUUUCAGUUGUACCUCGUACGGUAAGUCACUAGAACGAGAUAAGCAACCAGCUUCAGUAGUUAGAGAGAAUUCAAUCAUUUAA